AGAUUAAUGAAGAAACAUCUCAAAUGACACAACGAACUCAAGUUGUAUGGUCUCAAGAAAAAAUUCAUAGUUUUAUUCAAUGUAUUCUGAAUCUUUUAAAUUUGAAUGUUAGAAAAGAUUUAGAGAAACAACUUCGAGUCGUUUACAAAUCGGAAAUUACAACUCACCAAUGUCCCAAUUCUCAUAAGGAAGCAUUUCCAUUAAUUGUUCAACACGGUUUCUCUUAUAUUUCGUAUCGUUUUAAAAAAAAACAGGAUGAUAUCCUUGGUGAAAUUCUUGAUAGUGUUAUGCAUCCAUCGGGCCUUAGAGAUAUUCUAAGCAACAUUUCCGAGAAGGCCGCUGUUGUUACUACCAAUGUUAUAUCCAAAGCAAAAAAAGAAAAUGUUUAUUUCGAUGAAGCUACGAUACAAACACUAAGAAAAAAAGUUUUAAAAGAAUCUUCCAUUCGAUGUAUUAUGGAGCGCGUGCAUGUUUGUUGUUUCAAAUCGCAUGCCUCCGAUAGUAAAGAGAGAGCCUUUUUAGCUUCUCCAGGAGAUUGCCGUUUGCAAUCAUUUAACAUUUUGAAGAACGCUACGAUAUAUCAUUUUAUGAACGAUGGAUUUGCUGUUCAAAAAAACUUUUUAGGUGAAAACAUUCGAAAAGCAGUUCUUUCUGAGAUUGAACUUAUUGAAUUUGAUGGACAAUUACAAGAACUUGUUCGUGCCACAGUUUUUCUUAUUUAUGAAACGUCGCCGCGGGCUCGGAUGGACCGCGUAUGUUGGUUACAAAAGUCUCAAAUCGAUCCUGAGCGUCAUAAAGGUUUACAUUUGUUGACAGAGAAGCUAUCUGUUUUUCCUUAUGAAAUGAAUAGAAAAGUGCCAGGAUCAAUGUGUCAACAAGCUACAAUGUAUCAAAUAGCUGUAUUUCCUGGUAAAGGGGCAGAGCUUAAAAAGCAUUUAGAUGGGGGAUUUUGUGAAAAAACGGAUAUUGGCAGAAAAGUAACCGUGUUAUAUUUCCCCAAUGAAACUCAGAGCAGUAAAGAAAAAAAGUUGACUCUUUCACUGUAUUCUCCUGACCCUUCAAAAGGGUCUCUAACUUCUACGCCGGAUACACCCUUGUCUUCAGAUUCACAAUUUGAAAAAAAUUUGAAGUGUACUACGUUCCAGCCUAAAAGUGAUUCUUUACUAAUUUUAAAAAGUCGAACAGUUGCUUAUAAAAUCCAUCCAACCGUUGUAAAAAUUUUCAUUAUAACAAUGUGGAUUACCGGUCCAGUUUCCUUCAAUUACAACUUUUGAAAAAAACGUUGUCGCCUUGUAUAAAACGUUUGUAUGUUUUGUUUUAUAUUUUUAGUCGUGUAGAAUGCAUGUCAAAUCGUUCAAGGGUAGCAUUUUAGAAUUUAAAUUCAUUUGUAGCAAGAAAGGUUUAUGAUUUGAGUGCACGCUGGUGUAUAAACCAUUCUUGUCCUAACCAUAUUUUUCUAAUGGAAACAGAUUUUUUCAACUAUUAACAAAACAAGUU